GCAGCCCCGGCGAUGUCACGACAGCCCCGACAGUUGUAGCACCCGCGGCUUCCGGGGCGGGCGGGGCGCCCCGCGCGUCGUGUCCGCUCCCGCCCCGCCGCGGGGCCGAGCGCGGGGGCGGCGCUUCGGUUGCCGGGGCGGGCCGGGUGUCGCCAUCAUCGCCAUCACCGCCGUCAUCAUCGUCACCAUCGCCAUGAGUCAAGAUGAGAGAUAUGCUUUCAUUGCUGAAUGGUACGACCCAAAUGCUUCACUCUUUCGACGUUAUGAACUUCUGUACUAUCCAAAAGAUGGAUCAGUUGAAAUGUACGAUAUGAAGAACCGCCGCACCUUUCUGAAGCGCACCCAGUAUGAGAGCUUACACCUCGAGGAUUUAUACGUGGGAAGCAAAAUUACUGUUUUUUCCCGUCAUCUCUCCAUAGUGGACUAUGGGAAUCCAUAUACAUCUCGCAAGCUUGGGAGCCGCAAAGAGAGAACACUGGCUUUGAUUAAACCUGAUGCAAUGCACAAGAUUGGAGAAUUAAUUGAUAUCAUUAUUAAUUCAGGAUUGACAAUAACUAAAGCCAAAAUGAUGCUGCUUUCAAGAAAAGAAGCAGCUGAUUUCUACGUAGACCAUCGAGCAAAACCUUUUUAUCAUGAGCUUCUCCAGUUCAUAACGAGUGGUCCCGUUCUUGCUAUGGAGAUCUUAGGAGAUGAUGCAGUUAGUAAGUGGAAAGCAAUAGUGGGGCCAGCAAACCCUGCAGCAACUGAAAGUGAUACACUGGAUAGCAUCAGAGAGAACUUUGGACAUGGUGGCCUAAGAAAUGCAGCUCAUGGCCCAGAUUCAGUUGCUUCAGCUGCUAAAGAGCUGGAGUUGUUCUUUCCCUCCAGUGGGGGUCGUGGACCAGUGAGCAGUGCAACAUUCACAAACUGUACUUGUUGCAUUAUUAAGCCUCAUGCUGUUAAUGAAGGGCUUGCUGGAAAGAUUAUAAAAGCCAUCCUCAAGGGAGGAUUUCAGAUCUCAGCUUUGCAGAUGUUCAACAUGGAGCGUCCAAAUGCGGAAGAAUUUUAUGAGAUUUACAAAGGUGUUGUCCCUGAAUACCUGGAGAUGGUUUCAGAGUUGUGUUCAGGGCCUUGCAUAGCAAUGGAGAUUACACCAUCCGAGCCUCCAAAAGUGUUCAGAGACUUCUGUGGUCCUUCUGAUCCU